AUGCUCCACCCAGCAAUGACAAGCAGCCCCACCAACCAUCAAACCCUCACCGUCAAGAUCUUCCCGCGCCGUAAGAAGGGCGAGGACGACAGCGUGCCCAGGGAGCCCAUCUACAUCAGCCUGGAGCUCCUGUCGCGAUACUUCCACCUCAAGCAGGAGGAGGUGGCGAGCGCGCUGGGGGUGUCGCUGACGAGCUUCAAGGGGGCGUGCAGGCGGGUGGGGCUGAAGAAGUGGCCGUACGUGAGGAGCUACACGGAGGAGAAGGGGGGGAGCGGGGAGGAGGAGAGCAGCGAGGAGGAGGGGAGGGGGAGCUACGAGGGGGAUCUGGGCUUCUGGGGGGAGCUACUGGAGGAGGCGCUGAGGCACGUGGAGGAGUCAGGGGAGGACUUAGGAUUUGCGAAGGACACAACAAUGCGGCUUCCUCGUUGUUGA